GAUCAUAUUCCUUUCUUUAUUUUUAUUUUUACUCUCGCUCUCUCGUUCUUGAAUCAUCUGGGGGCCUUGUUUUUACUCUUCUUUUUCUAUAAACCUUCGCACUCCAUUUCUCUUUCAACCCUACACCCCCUGCUCCCACUCACCCCGAAACCGAACUAUUUUAUACACCCGACACAGCUAAACAAAUUUUAAAUGCAACUCAGGCCUCUCGAAAGCCAGCAAUACAUUCAAUAAGUUCUCUUACCUAUAUAUUACCUUAAUUCGAACAUAAUUUGUUUAUGAUUAUUCGAUGAAAACAUUAAUCAAUCUUAAUUUAUGAAAUGCGUUGUUAAUUUAUUUAAUUUUUGUGUAAGUCGCUAAUCUAUUUUUAAUUAGUUUUUUUUUUUUAAGAGAACCUUAUCAUUAUGUUUUGGGUGGCUUUUGCAACCUUGCUGGCUUUCGGGUCCUGCCAUAUGAACCAGCCCUCAAAAGGUCCCGGGGCGGGAUCGUGUCUGCGAGCGGGGCUUUGUUGCCCGGGCAGGGACAGCACGUGUGUGGUUCAGGAAGCGCCCCUUAAUGCCAUUAUCGAAGAUUUGAGUGACAAGCCCUGUUAUUGUGAUCACGCCUGUCUAAAAGUGGGUGAUUGUUGUCAUGAUUUUAAGGAAGCUUGUGAAGUUAUCGAUUGCGAGGUUUCUGGUUGGGGACACUGGUCCGAUUGCAGCUCGAAUUGUGGUGCCGGACAAAUGGUUCGAGAAAGGUCUAUCCUGAGAGCACCAAGAAAUGGUGGCACUCCAUGUCCUGACCAAAUGCAGACCAGAGGGUGCUAUGGUAACCGCUGUGAAGUUAAAUCCAUUGCUAAAGCUAAGAGGGAGGUAGCUUUGCUUUUGCCUGGAAAAUUCUCACAAGCACGAGCUAUCAACGACAGUGCAGAUAUAAGGAAAAACCUAAGGCUGAAGUACCCAAAAAAUCCCGCCAAAGAAGGUAGUAAAGAGUACUGUGUCAUGUUUGAAGUGACAAAAAUCCGAAAAGCUUGCGAAAGCAUCAUUGCAGACAAUGUUUCGACCCUACUCGUAAAAGGUGCCCACCUCUGCAUCAGCUGUGAAGAUGCUGCCAUGCGGGGUCACUUAGGUUACAGAUGCAAUGGUCACGGAGUAGAUGGUAAAGCAACCAGGUGGACAUUCGUACCUAACCCGAGAUGUAAUGGUCGCUGGACAAGAGUUGAAACAAGAGACAAGUGCAAGGCCGAAAAACCAGACUUCAUCUUUGUUUAAGUAAUGGUCGUGAUGAUACGUUUCUUUUAAUUAUUGUACGUGGAGACAAGCUUUCUGGUGUGGUAUAGCUACUUCUAUAAAUGUGUGCAUGCAUGAAGCAGACACAAUAGACGCUGUGAAGUACAAAAACUGAUUUUGUGCGAGUCAUUAGAAUCAUUGAUGAAAAGACGAUUGCAGUUUCAUAAAUCCAUCAUCUGCCCAUAAAACACUUAUUAAUUUUAGUAUUUUAUUUCAGUAGUGAAAAAAAAUAUUUUUCCACAAAUUUCUAAUUACAUCAAUCUUGGUUUUAUUGAUACUAUUCAGUUUCAAAUUAAGUUAUGCCUAUGCGUUUUUUCUCCAAGAUUUAAACAUACCAAAUAUUUUACAAAAUCAGAACAUACGGAAUAUUUUUUUUAAAACAAAAUUAGAACAUACCGAUUUUUUUAUUAUUUUUUUUUUUUACAAAAUCA